AUGGAUCUCCAAUCAUUCCUAGAAGAGAAGUUCCAAAGUUGGCAGCCAACUGCUCCUACAGUAUUGGACAGAACGAAAUAUACCGUAACUUUGUGUUGGGAGCAAGAAGAGUUCAGUUAUAUUAGUGAUCAGUUGCUGUAUAAGAUUGAAAUGAAAAGCAAGCUGCCGCCUUGGGUCACUGUAUACAGUGGUGGCAAAACAAAUAGUACAAUUGACAAUUUACCCCCAAGACAUCCACAUAGAUUUCGUCUCAAAGUAAUAUUAAAGGCUACAGGAGUAUCACUACUUUCUGAAAAAGCUCUAAAAUUUUAUGGCGAUGAAAAAUCUGUUUACAAUAAUGUAAAUCAUACUGCAUCAGAAGAUGAAGUGGACAUCAAUCAAGAAAUAAAUGGAGAAAAAAAUAGUUUUACUCAAAACCCUGACGUGAAAAAAGAAAAUCAAUUUGAUGAUGGAAAUCAAAUUAGAAAUAAUAGGUAUAGUUUUGUUAUCUUUUAAUGUAAGGUUCAAUUGACAAUUUUUGGUCUUUGUGCUACCUAAUAAAAGAUAAAAAAGUGCCAUUGGACACUUUUUGGUCUUUGUCGUAGCUAUUCCUGACAAGUAAAAAGAUUAAAAAAAGUUCAAGUAAUGCUCGAUGAGAGACCUGAAUUGAUUGGGAUUAUCAAUGCUACUAGUGGCCUAUCUCCGCUUGCAACUGCUGUCAAAAAAGGCGAUAUCAACACGGUCCGGUAUCUAAUAUCCGUCGGUGCCGAGCUAGAUCAGCGUGUGGGUGCAGGCCAAACUCCAUUACACAUCGCAGUCCUCACUUCACAAACUCAAAUAGUAGAACUUCUGCUUGAAAAAGGUGCGGAUCCACAGAUUAGAGAUAAUAACGGCAUGCUCAUAGAGCAUUACGCUGUAGAUUCAGGUAGUUUGGAUAUGCUGAAGUUUGUACUAGACAGAGGCGGAGAUGUGAACGCUACAGACAACAAUGGCUGGACACCUUUGUUUCGAGCUCUGUGUCAAGAUGCGAAAGCAGAGAUAAUAGAAGAGUUGGUGUCACGAUCGAGCAACCUGGAUAUUUGUGACAAUGCUGGUCUCCCAAUGACGUCUGUCGCCAAGCUAUUGAAAAACAGGCAGGGUCGAAACCGAGACUCCAUUCUUCAUCUGGUAGACUCGCAGUAUCCUCAUGAGAAGGCUUUAGCCAACUUCACUCGUCUCACUAAAAAACUAAAUCAUGUGCAUACCAUUAUCAAAUGAGAAUAUUUCAGUAUAUCAGUCCCCCUCUGGUACUGCAUAUUGCUCGACUACACGGCUCUCCUCCGCUUCGGCGGCAUCACAUUCAUCGAGGACAU